UAAACAAACUACCUGCAAAUAAGUCAUAUAGCUUUCUUUAACCUUGUAUGGUAACCAACAUACAUGAUUUCUACAGCAUGUGCUUCUUUCAAAGCCAAGGUCUACAUAGCCAAUGGAAUUACACGACAGAUCGGAUGUACAGAAUUGCUUCAUUAACGAUAACGUCUUUAAAGGUCACAUGUAAAACAUAGUUUUCUUUAGCAAAGACAACCGGAAUGUGAGGGCUUAAUAGUCUAUUCACUUAUCUAAAAGGUUGCCUCUCCAACAGAACACCACCACCACCACCACCUACUUCAAUCAAUGUUUGACCAUACUUUAUCCUGAUUUUAGCUUCUAAUGUCUAUUUUUUCCCUAUAUGUCUUUCAGCAGCCCUAUGGUAAGAAAAGCCCAGCUCCACUGCCUCAGGCAGCCAUGGAUGGCUCUUACCUUGGCUUGCCUUCUCCCAGAAGGGGAUCAGGUGGGCUGAACUUUCAGGUGCUGCUUUCUCACAGAGACAAGAAGCGGGUUGCUUUAGCGAGGCAGGCACACAGCCCCCUCCAACAGGGUGCUCCUUCAGGGAGCGGUUCUGAGGACGGCUCUCCAGAGUAUUGGGGGCUCCCAUUGAGGCCACAGCUGGGGGGGAGCGAGCCUCGUCCGGGACGUCCUGAUCAGCUUAGAGAGGCUCAGCUCAUGAACGGAGAAUUGAGACACGCAGGGAUGACUGAACCACGUGUGGGCCGGCACUCUUGCCACAGGGAGGCACAGGGUUCGGGCAGGCAGGUUCCUGAGGUUUCCCUGACUGGACCGGAGCCGCCAUCCCCAGCUGACGUGGCAGAACCCCAGGGCAGCAGGGGGCUUUCAGAUGAGAGGAGGCACAAGCUGAUGCUGCAGAAGCUGGAGCUGGAGGUGGAGAGGGAGCGGCUGCAGUCUCUACUGGCACAGCAGGAGGAGAAGCUCCUUCGGCAGCAGAGGCAGCUCAGCCAAUCCCGUCUGGACUACAGCAGGUUUCAGGAUGCAGCUGUGGCAGAGCUGGAAGAAUCGAUCCAUGAUGUUCCCUUGAGGGAGCCUGGGCAGAGGGUUUACAUGAACGGCAGCACCACUCCUGGACCCAGUCUGUUCCCAGCCAAGCCAGAGAGGUGCCUCAGUGCAACCCCAGUCCAGGAGAAGAGCAGAGCGCUCCCUGUGCAGGAGGACUGGGAGGAUGGGUUCCACUCUGUUCUAGAGGAUCUGUGCAGCUCCAGAAAAGACGCUUCCACCUCUCCUGCCUUCCUUCCCACAGCCACCUUCCCUCAGCCAGACCUAGGGUAAGCUCCUGACUCUCUAGGC